AUGCCUUUGAGGUCCUUGGUGUCCCAUUCGGUGAAAACCAGCAAUUUUUCAGGUGGCAAGCUGAUCGUGAAAGUAUUGUUAGUAGGAGUUGGUUCAUGUUUGACAGCCAAUUUCUACUACAGAGGGAUCAGCAACGAUGUCCAGGCAAUUGAAACCUCAGUCCAUGAGUUGUUACCGAAUCCUGGAGCUGAAACCUACGAGUUGGGACUCUACCAGUCCUCGCAGAAAGAAGAACAUGAUCGAUUGGAACAGCACAGGUCACAACGAUUGAACCAUGACAAUGUCGCUGUUAGAAUAAUUUAUUAUGUUAAAUAUACUAUAGAGGAUUAUGUCAUCGAUCCGCUUGUGUCGGUAGCUCGCUUUGUUGAAUUGUCGUUGAUAUUUCUUCCUGUGCUUGUUGCUUCUCCUCUCUGUUGGUUUGGAAGACGAGAUCUCCGGACCGGUAAAACGGUUCGCUCGGGUGCGCAGAUCUGGUUUGCGUAUUUGAGAUGGUCUGCGGAAGUGGCUGGUGCUUCCUUUGUGAAGUUGGGCCAGUGGGCUGCUUCCCGUACAGACAUAUUUCCGAAGGAGAUGUGCGAUGAGCUUGGGCAGUUGCACUCCGAUGGAACACCGCAUUCCUUGGAGCUGACAAAGAGGAUCAUCAGUGGCAGUUUUGACAAUUUGCCGUUUGAAGAGAUCUUCGAUGCGUUCUUUGAAAAACCGUUGGGAGUUGGUGCAAUCGCCCAGGUAUAUAUUGGAAAGUUGUCUGACAAAGCUUUGUCCAAAGUCAGAAAGACCACCGACUGGGAAAGCCACCUCCAGCAAGAAGAAGAUCUUUUGCAGGAUGAGCCAUUUUUGGAUAGGAUCCUAGUCACAGAACACAACGAUCCAUUGACUUCUAACCAGUAUGUUGCCAUCAAGGUGUUGCACCCAAAUGUAGAAACCAAGAUCAAUCGAGACUUGAAGAUUAUGAAAUUCUUUGCGACCGUCAUCAACGUCAUUCCGACGAUGGAGUGGCUCUCUCUUCCGGAUGAAGUAGAGCAGUUCUCGAUGUUGAUGCGUUUGCAAUUGGAUUUGCGUAUAGAAGGGUUGAACUUGGCCAAGUUCAGACAUAACUUCCGUCACCGUUUGGAUAUACACUUCCCCAAACCGUACUUGGGAUUCACUACCAGGGAUGUUUUGGUGGAAGAGUUCAUUCAUGCGAUUCCGAUGAGCAAAAUGCUCUCGUUGCUGGACAACUUCGGCAAGAACCUAUCGAAAGAAAUCAGUGACAAGGGCCUAGAUGCGUUCUUGAAAAUGUUAAUUCUUGACAAUUUUGUUCAUGCUGAUUUGCACCCUGGAAAUAUGAUGGUGCGGUUCUAUAAGAAUGAACUUUUCAAGCACGAGAGGGAGUACAAGAUCGUUAAGUCGAGUAACGAAACAGAAACGAACAGAAUAACUAACGAAUUAAUGAAGUUGGGAGACGACUCAGAUGCGUGGUGUGCCAAAUUGAGCGAGUUGUAUGAAGAGGGAUACCAUGCAGAGAUAUGUUUCCUCGAUGUAGGGUUGAUCACAGAGUUGAAUCACACUGAUAGAGUAAAUUUUAUAGACCUUUUUAAAGCCCUAUCUGAGUUUGAUGGGUAUAAGGCUGGAGAGUUGAUGGUAGAAAGAUCGCGAACUCCCGAAACGGCCAUCAACAAGGAGAUUUUUGCCAUCAAGGUGGAGAAGUUGGUAGACAGAAUGAAGGAAAGAACAUUUACCUUGGGUAAUAUCAGUAUUGGAGACUUGUUGGACCAGGUAUUGGGAAUGGUUCGUAACCAUCAUGUCAGAAUGGAGGGUGACUUUGUAACGGUUAUAGUGGCUAUUUUAUUACUAGAAGGACUUGGAAGACAAUUGGAUCCAGAAUUGGAUUUGUUUGCAAGGUUCGUAUACGCGCUUUUGAUUGGAUUUCCCACCGAGAAUGAAUUUUCCAUGUUUUUCAUCUAA